AUGAAACCUGAUCCUCCGGUGAAUGUGAGCGUGAUGGUAAUGCCAGACAGGAAGUUGUCUGUGGAGUGGGGUCCACCACCCACUUGGCCGGAUCCUUUCAACUUUCUCCUUAAAUACACAAUGAAAUUCCACUGGGGCAGACCUGAGACUACAAGAACUCUGGGCCCUUACGGGUCUAAUAAAAUGGUUUUGAGUGGACUGUUGGCAGGAAGGACUUACUACAUCCAAAUAUCUGCAAAGGACUCCCUGGAUGAUGUACAGAGCAGUGAGUGGAGUACACCGAUAAAUGCCACCAUGUAUCAACUCAUGUGGUGAAUCAUCAUUACACUUCGUUAACCAGAAGUGUUAGAAUCGCAGUGUUUAUUGUGUCACAAAAGGAUAAAUUUGUUUGACAGGCUCAAU